AUGCGGAUAGACGCUAGUGGUGGGACAGUGGUAAGAGAGGACCCCCUCUCUCUCUCUCUCACGUUGAACCACCACCGGAGGUGGAAACCGGCUGCAGGAAAAGUGCAGCAGCCCUCCACAACCCACCUCCACCUCUUUCUCUUGUCAAGUAAUAACCCCAACACCCUCUUCUACACGGAUACUUUCUCCUUCGCUCCGAAAGCUGCCAAAGACGAAGAACAAGCCACGAAGGGCUCGUCGGAGACGCCAACUGCCACCUCUACCCCGUCUCUUCCUUUCGUCGAGCAAGCACCUCCGACGCCCCACUGGAGUCGUCUGUCAUUACAACCUUUCCUCCCCCUAUUUGUUGUCGGCAACGAGGACUCGACUCCUCCUCCUUCUUGUCGAUCGGAACAGCCCAAGCACCACCUAAGAAUCGCCGCUCCUUCUGCCAUUUCUGUUCAUGAUUUUCGUCGGAUCAGAAAAACAGCCAAGGGAAGCCGCCGGAGCAGCCUCCCUCACCACUACAGACGAUUGACGUCGCCUCCGCCUCUUUUCCUUCGCGAAUCGUUGCCGGAGAUCGACGUUCGCCCCUCCUCACGAUUUCAUCAGCCACUUUGA